CGCCCCGCGCUUUUUCUUUUGACAGGGGAAGAAGAAAAUCUUUACUAGCUCAUACCGUUUUUCAAAAGAAAAGCCACUUCAAUACCAGUGGAGUAAGAAAGGCACAAUCCCAGAGUAAGGAUGGCCCUUAGUUUGCAUAUCACAUUAUAAAAUAGUAUACCAUAAAUAGUAUAAUUUUGUUGCAUGCAGAUGAAAACUAGGCAUUAGAACCACCCUGUUAGAAAGCAUUGAUUUAGCACUGGUUUGGGGAGCCAAAUUUAGGUUAUAAAAACCAACUUCAGUUUACUAGAUGUUUUGGGGCACGUCAGUCAACCUUCAGCAAAGCUGUUUCCCAUUAGAAAAAUGGGUGUAUGCAAGGACUACAGGUACUAUUGUAACAGAGAAGCACAAAUGUGACUUCAUAUUGGAUCUGCUGCUUUUAGUUCACCUUUGUAUUCUCUUGCUUUUGCUACAGCUUAAUAACUAAAAGAAUGUUGCCUGUAGCCUGAAAUAUGCGGGAGAGCCCAUCCUCAAGGCUCUGACCUUUAAAGGUGUAACCCUUUCCCAUUCAUAUAGAGAUAAAAAGUUGCAGAGCAGAGAACGUUUGCCUUGUUGGAGGCUAAUAGGAGCAUCCUGACCUGACCUAGUGGACGGCUGCAAGAACAAAGAAUUAUGGCCCCAAGAAGUUUGCAGCAAUCAGCCACACCCCUUCCCCUUUUAGUGUAAAGAAAGCCACUAUCUUCUCCAUCCGCUGGCUUUCCGAAUAAAAUUGCUCUUCCUUGCUUCAGUAACUCAUCUUUUGAUUCAUUGGCCUGCCAUGCAGCGGGCAGUAGGAGCUUGGAUUUGGUAACAGUAUGUUAAAAGCAUAGUUUACAUUGCUUCGUAAAGAACCAGUGUGAUGGUUGUCACUAGCCUACUGCCUUAUGCAAGGCUGGUUUAGAGACCAGAGGAAAGUCAUACUAGAAAUACUCGUACCCUUUUAUGUUAGUAAAAUCAAGUUUAAAACUGGAUUGGAAGUUUGGAAAAUGUGGAAGAACUGAAAAGCUGGACAAGACUCACCACCUGGACUACAGCACACUCCCCGAAUUAAGUAGGGGAAAUAGUGUGUGUUUUCAGUAUGAUUUACUAUAACACUCCGUCCCUGCUCACCACCAACAGAUUUUUUUUGAUGCCUUCUGGUUUAAAGAAACUCCAGCUGCUCUUAUGAUCGCUUAAGAAGACUGCAUGCUGUUCCCUUUCAAUGCCAAGCCAGGCCCACUCAGAACCUCAGUUCUCAGUCCUCCAUGGAGACCAGGUCCCAGCAGGAAUGGCAGUGGAGGAAAUUGGCACCCAGAUGGUUCCUCCGCGUGAAGGUGUCUUGGGCUGCGGGCCGACUCGAGAACACCUGGUAACCAGGCUAGCCCUCUGUCAGUCACCCAGGGCAGGGCAGCAUGGUGCGGAUUCAGAGGAGGAAGCUUCUGGCAUCUUGCCUGUGCGUCACAGCUACUGUCUUUCUGCUCGUCACACUCCAGGUAGUGGUUGAGCUGGGAAAAUUUGAAAGGAAGAAGUUUAAAAAUUCUAAUUUGAACGACGGACAUGCACAAAUGGAAGAAGAGCCUAUACAUCUCCAUCCAUUCCUUAAGAGAGAAGGACUGACCCUGAAUAGGAAAAAAACACUGGCAGCUGAUAGCUACCCCAUCAUGCUCUGGUGGUCCCCACUGACUGGUGAAACUGGAAGGCUAGGCCAGUGCGGGGCAGACACUUGUUUCUUCACCAUCAACCGGACCUACCUCCAUCAUCACAGGACCAAAGCCUUCCUCUUCUAUGGUACUGACUUUAACAUAGAUAGCUUACCUCUGCCUCGGAAAGCCCAUCACGACUGGGCCCUUUUUCACGAAGAGUCUCCGAAAAACAAUUAUAAGCUCUUUCACCAGCCAGUCAUCACCUUGUUCAACUACACGGCCACCUUCAGCCGGCAUUCCCACCUGCCACUAACUACCCAGUACCUGGAGGGCACAGAAGUCCUGAAGUCACUCCGAUACCUGGUCCCCUUGCAGUCCAAAAACCACCUUCGGAAAAGCCUCGCUCCUCUGGUGUACGUACAGUCCGACUGUGACCCACCCUCAGACAGAGACAGCUACGUUCGAGAGCUGAUGACGUACAUCGAGGUCGAUUCUUACGGCGAGUGUUUGCGAAACAAAGCUCUCCCUCAGCAGCUGAACGGUCCAGCCUCUAUGGACGCUGGUGACUUUUAUAGGAUCCUUGCCCAGUAUAAGUUUAUCCUUGCUUUCGAGAACGCGGUUUGCGAUGACUACAUCACGGAGAAGUUCUGGAGACCUCUGAAACUGGGGGUCGUCCCUGUGUAUUACGGAUCACCCAGCAUCGCAGACUGGCUUCCAAGUAAUAGAAGUGCUAUCCUGGUAUCAGAAUUUUCUCACCCUAGAGAACUGGCAAGUUACAUCAGACAGCUGGAUCACGACGACAGACUGUACCAGGCCUACAUAGAAUGGAAGCUGAAGGGUGAGAUCUCGAAUCAGCGACUUCUCACUGCUCUCAGGGAACGGAAAUGGGGGGUGCAGGACAUCAGGCAGGACAACUACAUCGACGCAUUUGAGUGUAUGGUGUGCACCAAGGUGUGGGAUAACAUGAGGCUCCAGGAAAAGGGCUUACCACUCAAACGAUGGAAGGCAGACAUUACCCACCUGAGCUGUCCAGAGCCUACAGCGUUUGCUUUCUCACCCCUCGCCCCACGUCGGAGCUCUUUGCGAGAGAUGUGGAUACCAAGCUUCCAACAAUCCAAGAAAGAAGCCCAAGCACUAAGGUGGCUGGUUGAUAGGAAUCAAAACUUUUCAACUCAAGAGUUUUGGGCCCUAGUAUUCAAGGACUAAUAUCAAAAAGUGUCAGAGUUCUAUUUUCUAGGUUGCCUUGAUAUCUGAAUAUAAUAGCUGCUCUGUGGACAACCCACUAGGAUGAGAAUUAAUGGGUGCAGUACUCAUAGUGAGCUCUAUUGAAUAAUAGAUAUGAGUUACCCCUAGGGGUCACUUCUCUGUUUUUUAUAGUAAAAAAGAAAUAUUUCGUAUGAACACUGGUCACCUUCAGUGUACAUGUCUGGACCCGCAUCCCUGCCGCCUUGUGUGGAAAUUCACCUCCUGUAGAAUGAGUGUUUUCCUUGCUGCAGGGAAAGAGUCCUUGCAAGGAGGGCAGAGGGUGUAGCUGUGGAUUCUCACACUCACCUCACUGGCUGUGUUUAUUGGUAUUUGGCAAGCCCAGUGUUCCGACGCUGAGCAGGAACAUGAAAUGCGUUAGAACUUGGCAAUGAGCGAUGCCAUCUGUUGGUUUCCAGGGAUGUGAGUGAGUAGUGAAGGCUGCGUGGGGUUGAUCCGCUGUCUCCCCAAAUCUAAAGAACAUAGCACAUCUCUGCCUCUUCCAUACUUUCAGCCACCUCUCCCGCCUUUCUUAGCACCACCUUGCCCUGCGUCCUCCCCCGUUCCUCCCUGGAGCGAACGUCUUGGGAAGACUUGCCUCUUCCUUGUGUGUUUUGAGGGGUGAGUAGUUCCCUUUGUUCCCUUAUCCCACUGAGCAGAAUAGUACAGAGAGUCCUGUGGUUCAGGCUGGACAGCCUGUGCGUUUUGAUCGCUGUGAGCAUGAAGCUGACUGGGAUGGAGACCUCCAGGGAGACCAUCAUAUGUAGUUGAUGAAUCCUCCAUCAGCCUGGGUCUCUGAGUGAUGCGUAAAGCAAAGCAUUCCACACCUCACCACCAACCACGAUGACUUGAAACUGCGCUGGGCUGUUAGCUGUCACCUCUCCUGCCCCUGAUGAGAGAAGCCGAGACAAAGGGAGCUGUGCAGGUGUUCAUUCAGGAUGAAGCAGAAACCCCAAUAAAGGCCACGGUCUAAGUGCUCCCCUGCUUCCUGUCUUCUGCCUCCUGACUCCCCUGGUGUUUUUCCACGUGGCACUGGGUGCUGUGCUAUGUCUUCUCUUUCUAGGACCUGUGUUCUAAUUGGCAGGCAGCAUCUCCUAGGCAGUGAUGCUUCAUAGAUCGGCAACAUGUGGUUUCCAAGUUGGCUGUCCUUGCUGGAAGAGGUAAGAGAAUGAAGGAUUCAUGGCGGAGGUUUUUAUGGGUCAAGCCUAGAAGUGGUACGCCUCCCCUCCACUCAUAUACCAUUGACCCCAACUUAAUCACAUGGCCAGAUCUAACUGCAAGAGAUACUGGGAAGUACAGUCUGUCUUUGAGCCCAAGAAGAGGAGAAAUGGGGUUUGAUGAAUAGCUAGUUUCUGACACACAUACAACUGUACAACUAUUUUCAGAGUAUUUAAAUUUUUAAAAUUACUUUUCCCUUUGUUGCAUUAUUCGUGAUUUCUCACAUGUGAAUGUUAAAAAUUAUUCCAAUUUGUCUCUGAAACAUCUAUUAUAAUUAUAAUUUUGCUGUACAUUUUUCAAGCUAUAUAUAUACAUAUAUAUAUAGUACACAUAUAUACAUGUAAAAUAUGUGUGUGUAUGCAUAAUGCAAGGUUACAUAGUUACAUAGGCCAGAUCCAGAACUUGAGACCAGGAUUUAUAACUGUGAGUCCACUGAGUGGUUUCAUUUUACUAUACUUCAAUAUCAAAUAUAUAGAGAAGAUGACAAAAAGGUCCAUGAGUCAAUACUUUUGAUUAAUAUCAUCUCUACUUUAAAUUCCAGUACUGAGUAGUAAAUAUCUAGAUAACUAUCUUACAUUUUAGAGCCACUAGGGCAUCAAAUAUUGGGAUCUUUUUGUAAUUACCUUUGCUACUUCUUCCAUUCUUUUUCUCUUAGUAUUAAAUAUUUCUUUAUCAGUUUGACUCAGAGAUUUAUCAUAAUCACUCUGGCAACUGAGGAGUUAGAGCGAGGCAUAGAUAGGUAAAUAGAUAUGGCAGAAGGCUGAGCUUUCUAAAAAUUACAAAGGUACAGAGACCAAACUCACAUCAUUUGCCUACCCCCUUUCCCCAUAUCCAGUAAAGGGUAUCCAAUGGGAGGACAGCAGAAAAAAAACCAUGGUCCCUUUAAAGUACAAAAACUGAUAUGGUGCUUGAAUCAGAAAUCUGACUACAAAAGCAACAAGAGGAGUGGGCUGAGCUAGGUGGGUAUGACAAGCUUUGAGCCAUGAUGAUGACACCAGUGUCUCUGUGUCACUGCCCAGGCCAGACAGCUGCUUCUCAUUAUCACUGCCAAGUAGGAUGCCAGGAGAGAGUAGAAAAUUGUGCAUAAAGAAACAAACUAAAAUUCAGAUAAACUCAGAGAGGAAUUAGCUAGUUAGUGAGAAACGCUAAAAAGCCAGAACCAUCUGGUGUAGGAAAAACUACCCUAAAAGGGACUGUCAACAUUACAAAUAGCAAAAGAACAGAUAGUCUUCCCAGGGUAGAAUGAGGGGAGGUGUUUUAUUGUGGUCUGAUAAGGUGAGUAAUAUAGAAGGAUUGUUUCCAGGCAGCUGCUGCCCAUUAGAUGAAGGUGGUGAGAGACUCCACGGAGAGCCUUUCAGACAAAGUUAUGUGAAAGUAUGCACACACCAGAAACUAUUGAAGAUAUUAGAUUGAUCGUGCUCCAAGUUCUAUUGUGGCUAGAAUGUUUUCUGGGCAAAGGGAAAAAGGCCAGGUUUGGAUUGACAAUACGUCUUAAACACUUAAUAAAAAAUUAUAUUAUAUUAAUUCCUUUAUAUCCUCUGUUAUUUGUCCAAGAGACGAAAUACGAUUCAGAUUGUCUUCACAGGACUCUACUGAUUGAAAAAGACAUUGCUUGGCUUUCUUUUUCUCUUUCAAUUCCUUAAUUUUGGUUUUUUUUUUUUUGUUUUUUUGAAUUUCAACUUUAAACUCAUCGAAGGUAGAACCAACAUUUAUUGAUGGUUUACUGCUUCCCAGACCUUGUCUCAAUACUUUACCUCUUGUAACCCUCCAUACAACCCUGUAAAGGAAAUAACUGUAAAAAUCACAUUUCGCAAAUGAGGAAACUGCUUCGCUUAAGGAUACAGUAAUUGGCAGAACCAGAAAAUUUAUUGUAUUUCUUAGUGCAAAGGUCAUGCUCUUUUCCUAGAAGAGAUGUGAGGAUCCCCAACACUGGGUUUGAGCUUGACUGAUUUUUCAGCAUUUUCUCUUACAGUUAACAUAGCAGCUUCUUCAAUUUUCCUCUACUUUCUGCUCUUGGAGGCAACACUGGAGCCUCGGUCACUGUGUUUCUUGUAAUCUUGGGCAAGUCACUUCACUUUGUCCAGUAGUAAAAUGAUGAGAUUGGACUAGAGGAAAUCACAGAUCUCAACCAGCUUUGACAAAUCUCCAGUCCAAGGACCAGGAUGUGCCAACCUUUCAGCCACACUUCUUAACGCGAUACCUAUGAAGAAUCUAGGAGCAUUUUCCAUUGCCAGGGUCUGAAAUCAGAAGACCUGGCUGACACCGAUCUUUGAGUUGAUCCUGUGAGUAAAUAAAUAGUGGGAACAGAGACUAGAAAGAUCUGCAGAGACUUUGAAAUUCAGGUUUAAAACUUUUGACUUAUUUUAAAUAAGAAACAACAGGCCCCGAAUGGAGUCACUUGUGCUCAGCCCCACAUCAGCAAACCAAGAUUUAAUACCUAACCUAAUUACAGUUUCUGUAUCUUCCAGGCUUGACAUUUUAAACCGAUUGGCCUGGAAUUUCCUGAUCCACACUAAUGAGGAGUUCUUACACGAGUAAAGAAAGGUUCAUAAAAAGAGAUUACAAAAUGUGAUAACCCCUUGGGGAGGAAGAGAUGACAUGGUUUCAGAUGGCCAUCCUGAACUACAAGAGGACACAAGGUGAUGGAGAAAAACAAGGAUAAUUGGAUUUGGCUUAUAAGAAACAUGAGAAAAGAAGAUUUACAAGCAACCUAUGCUAGAUCUAAGAUCUUCUACAGAGAAUUGACUUAAUGUGGUCUCCAUCUUCUCCACUGACAGAAUCCCAUGAUUUGGACUAGCGCACAAUGAAAGAAUUGGAUUAGAUGUAAAAGGUUUCUAGAAAAAACUCUGAGUCUUCCGCCCUGAUGAUCUAUGAGUAGGAAAUGUGAUAAUAUAGCAGCCUACCCAGAGAGCUUUAUUCCAUGCUGCCUAUUUUCAGAAGGAAUAAUGACUUCCCAACUGGAGAGUCACCAUGUUCAUCACUUACAGAGGCUGGGUACUUGGCAAUCUCGACCAAAAUAUUAGCUAAGGAUACCUGGGUAAUAAAGGAAAGCCUUCCUUAUUGAUAUUUGCAAAUUACAACAAGUCUUGAUGUGGCUUUGAGUUAUAUAUCACCUAUAUGAUCUAUUGUAAUUAGCUAUAUAUAUGACAUAUAACUGUACAUAUGACACCUGUGCACACGACAGAUAUGUGUAGAUGUAUAUUACCUAUAUGAAAGAAUAUUUGGAAAAUUUUCUUUUCAAGAAAGUAUUUCUGUAGAUUUGGAGACAAUUUUCUUGCUCCACAAUUGUGUAUUUCUCCUCUUAUUCAAAAUACUCUUCCAUGUAAGAAAGUGACCAAGGGGACUUCCCUGGCGGUCCAGUGGUUAAGACUGUGUGCUUUCACGGCAGGGGGUGCGGGUUCUAUCCCUAGUCAGGGAAUUAAGAUCCUGCAUGCCGCGCAAACGCGGCCAACAAAGAAAAGAAGAAGAAAAAAAGAAAGUGACUAAAAUGCAAUUGUCUUCCUCAUCAAAGGAAAUUAGAUUAUUUAUAUUAUAAGUCUCCCUCUCUCCACCAAGUCAAACAAUAUUAGCCUCCCGUUUCAUCCUAAAACAAAAAGGCUUCAGGAGCAGGGGUGAAGGGGCCACAGGAAAGAGGUACACUGGAAAGAACCCUGAAAUGUGGGACCCAUUUCCACCUUUGCCCUGGAGCAGCUGUGUGCCUUUGGGCAAAUCAUGUGACCUCUUAGGGCUUCAGCUUCCUGGUCUGUAGAAUGUAGAGUUGAACCAGAGAGUUUCUUAGGCAUGUGUGCACAGAAGAAUCACGUGUGUCUACCCAGUGUGAACAGAAGAAUCACCUACAGUCUUCGAAAGAGAUGAGUUCCUUGAAAUGGGUAAUGGUGUUUUUUUUUUUUUUUUUUUUUUUUUUUGCGGUACGCGGGCCUCUCACUGUUGUGGCCUCUCUCGUUGCGGAGCACAGGCUCCGGACGCGCAGGCUCAGCGGCCAUGGCCCACGGGCCCAGCCGCUCCGCAGAACGUGGGAUCCUCCCGGACCAGGGCACGAACCCGCGUCCCCUGCAUCGGCAGGAGGACUCUCAACCACUGCGCCACCAGGGAAGCCCGGUAAUGGUGUUUUAAACCCAGAGCUUACCACAGGAUGUGACACGUAGUUAAGGUUGCCAGAUUUAGCAAAUAAAAACACAGGAUGUUCAGUUAAAUUUGGAUUUCAAAUAAAUGAUAAAUACAUUUUUAACAUGAGUAUGUCCCAAAUAUUUAUCUGACAACCUGACACAUAAAGGAAGUCAAAGUUUGUUCAUGUGAUGAACUUACAUCACCAAGCCUCUACUGGUGGGAAUUUUAGAUAAAGAAUGGGAAGUGGUAGGGGAUGUGUGUUUCAGUAGUUUUUCGGUCAUACCACAUGGGGAGUCUCUUGCUUUUUUUUUUCAAGCUUUAUCAGCC